AGCGCCAUCCGGGGCCGUGCCUUUCACUCGACAAUUUUUCAUUAGCUUUUAAGGAGAGGGGAAAAAAAUAGCCUAUAAAGUCGUUUUAAAGACAAAGUCCUCCUGUCGCCCCCUCGGGUACAUUUUACCCUGCAGCGGACAUGGCGAAGAGUUCGUCCAGAAAGUCUCUGAAAAGUUUGUUCUCCAGGAGCGAGGCGAACCUGCGCGACUCGGAGGUGAGGGAUGUGGACAAAAGUGAAGGAGAGAAGAAGAGGUUUCGCUUCUUUAGGUUCAAGAGAAAGUCCAACAGUGGCUCAGUCUCCGUGAAGCCGGGUGAGACCCAGCAGGUGUUUCUCAGUCCUGUUGUUUCUGGCAAAGAGGAUGGAGAGGCCUGGGCUGAAAACAACCUUUCGGACAAAAAGAAGACUUCUCUCUACGCCACCGCACCCAGAUCCAAGGGUAAAGAACUCAGCUACUCAGAACUGGACCUCCGCAAGCCCAACAAGUUUGCAACCUUUUCUUUUCUCAAGAAAAGGAAGAAGAGAGAUGAAGGGGCUCUGUCUAAGAGCGUUUUCGGCCUUCAUAGCUCCGGGAUUGAAGAGCAAGAGGAGUCUCCUCCGGACCUCCGUCAGAUGGAGAUGGAUAAGGCCGUCAAAAAGACAAUCAGUAUGUCUCAACCUGUGCUUGACACCAGCGAUACAUUUGACAUCCCCUCUCCUCCCCCUCUGGCCCCAAACCAAUCAGAUUCAUACUUCGAUCUACCUGAACCGUCAAAGUCAUCUGUCGUUAUAAACACCCAACCAGAGGCAAAGACACCUCUAACAAAUGGUUCCAAUUUUCUUGAUAUACAUACAGAGCCCCUUAGAGCGCCGAUUGCGACCAUUCCUGAGCUGCAGCUGGAUAGAGCAGACUUAUCAGAUGAGAAGGAGAAUAUUCCUGUUCGAGAUAACUUGGCUAAAAGUUCACCUGCCCUCUUAUCUCGGGCAGAAACCACCUCUGCUAUUGAUAAGCAGACUCUACCAACCCUCCAAGCCAACGGGCCUCCAAUGGGGCUCGACACUGCAGAACUCAAGGCAGCAGUUGUUGACUUAGUCUCUCCGACUAAUAGCUUGAAUGGCAAUGACUCCCUUCUGAACACAAAAUCAGAACCUGCAGAAUCCACCAGAGUUACGUUACCAAAUCGUCAACCGGCUGCAGAGGACCGUACAACUCUAAACGCUACGCCCUCCCUGGCGGGUGUUAACGCCAACGUUGAUGCCUCUGCUUCAGAGAAAACUCCCAACCCAGCCACCGCAGAUUUGUCUUCUGUCCGCCAAGAAGUCUCAGUUCUUAACACCGAGAGAUCUGUCCCCAAAAUUGCAGAGAGUGCCACCACAACCUCAGCCGUUAGCGCCGAAAAGAUCCCCGAUCCCGUCAAUCAAAAUAAAGUUUUCGGAGAUUUGUACGAGUCGCUCUUCCCCCAGAGCUUUACCUCUGAGGUAAUGUCGUCCCUCUCAAACCCUCCACCUCAAAUCCGGACGGAGAUACGACAUCUCAACACUGAAUCCCAACCCGCCGCGGUUAAGUCCUUUGAUGAAUGUCGCACAGAAAGAAGCGCCUUGUACUCCAGCCUGUCAACUUCAUACUCUGCUACUCGCAGCAAGGACUAUAUUGAGAGAGAGGUGAUGCCUUCCAGCAAGAAUUACAAGUUAACUUCCAACCAAAUAUCCACUACUUCUGAGAUUCAAAGAGACCCAGAUAUCCACUACAGAUAUCUAACUUCCUCUCUGAGCUCCAAACCAGCCGACAGCUACACGGUGCCUUACUCCGAGCUUACCCGCUCCCUUUCAGAGGUGAAACCAGACAGUGCUGGCCUCAUUCAAGACCCUGUCACACCAGCCCUUGUGAUGCAAAGCUCUGCCCCUCCCGCUUCGGACUAUGUAACAUCCCAGGGGACCGAUGCUCAGGUUACAGACCCCAAACGGAGAGUGAUCCUGGUCAAAGAGUUAGUCACAGACGAGGUGAGCUCUGUGCCUGGCUGUGCCUCUCUUGGGCCCGAAGCAAAAAUGGAUUCAGCCAAGGAUCUCGAGUUUUUUUCUGCCGCACCUCCCGGACAUACGAGCGGGUAUGAAGGGCUGCAGAGUCCAACGUAUCUGAGCGUGGGAUCAGACGUCAGCAGUGUCGUAGACAUCUACUACAGCGCCGAAGAGGACAACAUACAGGACAGCGGGGAUGAAGAGGUGUUCCCAAUGGGUAAAAAAGAAGAAGUUCGCUUGGUUGACAGGGUGAAAGAGGUCGUCGGACUGCGAGGAGAGUAUCCGCAGAAAAGGGAGAUGGCAGAAACAGAUAUAAGCAAGAAGGAUGUGGGAGGAGCCAGGGUGGAAAUUGUGAGAAUGCAGAAUGAGGGAACAAAUGAAGAAAAAAAAGAGGAUAUCCAAAGCCAAACUGAGGUGUAUCAACAGAGUUCAGAUACCUGGACGUUUGGGUUUCUUAAAGACAAUAAUGCAAAGACGUAUGAGAAAGAAGUCACAACUACAGUGCAUCCAAAGGUAGCGGAAGAGGUGAAAGAGGCUGUUGGGCGAGGUGAGGAGUUUUCAAAGCAGGGGGAGAUUUCAGAAAGACACAAAAGCCAGACAGAUGAGGGGGGGCGGAGGGUGGUGAUUGUGAAAAUGCAGAGUCAGGAAAGCAAUGAAGACUUGAGCCAAGCUGAGGUGUAUCAACAGAGCUCAGACACCUUGAAGUCUAGGUUUCUUGACGUUAAUGAUCUGAAUAAUCGGGAGGAAGAAGUAGCGAUUACAACAUUAUCAAGAGCGACAGAAGAGGUGAAAGAGGUUGUCGGGCUCAGGGAAGAUUUUUCAGAGCAGGGGAAGAUCGAAGAAAGACGGAUGAGUCAGACGGAUGAGGGUGGCCCGAGGGUGGUGAUUCUCAAAAUGCAGAAUGAGGGAACAAAUGACGCAAAGGUGGAGGAUACUCGUAGCAGAACUGAGGUGUAUCGACAGAGUUCAGAAAGAUGGACAACUAGGCUUCUUGGAGACGGUGAGGUAAAGAGUCAGGAGAAAGAAGAGGUGACAGAGUUGACAGAAUACGUUGGGGUUUUGUCAAAGCAGGGGGAGAUUGCAGGAAGAGAGAGAAGCCCGACAGAGGAGGGGGGGCUGAGGGUGGUGAUCGUCAAAAUGCAGAAUGAGGGGAGCAAUGAAGAAAAGGAAGAGGAUGCGAGUAAGCAAAGUGAAGUGCAGCAACUUUUAAGAGAAACGUGGACGACUAAGAUUCCUGAAGGCAACGAUACAAAGACUCAGGAGAAGGAAGAAGCGGUUCUAGAGGCGGCGGAGGAGGUGGAUGGGGCUGUCACGCUGCUUAAGGAAUUCUCAAAGCAGAGGGGGGAGAUUGUGGAAAAAGAGACUAGCAAGAGAGACGAGGGCGGAAAGAGGGUGUUAAUUGUUAAAUUAAGCAAUGAGGGAGGUGGUGAAGAAAAGAUAGAAGAUGUCGGGAGCCAAACUGGAGAACUACAACAACUUCGUGGCCAGAGUUCAGAGAUCUGGACAUCUAAGAUUCUUGAGAGCAAUUAUGCAAAGACUCAGAAGAACGAAGAGGCAACUCAAAUAUUUCCAAGGGUUGAAGAAGAGGUGAAACAGGUCAUUGGGCUGCUUCCAGAAGUCUCAAUGCAAGAGGAGAUACCAGAAAAAGAGAUUAGCAAGAGAGAUGAGGAUGGAAUGAAGGUGGCUAUUGUCAAAAUGAACAACAAGGAUGUCAGUAUCCGAACUGAAGAACCCCAACAACUUAGAGGCCAGAGUUCAGAGAUCUGGACAUCUAAGAUUCUUGAGAGCAAUUAUGCAAAGACUCAGAAGAACGAAGAGGCAACUCAAAUAUUUCCAAGGGUUGAAGAAGAGGUGAAACAGGUCAUUGGGCUGCUUCCAGAAGUCUCAAUGCAAGAGGAGAUACCAGAAAAAGAGAUUAGCAAGAGAGAUGAGGACGGAAUGAAGGUGGUUAUUGUCAAAUUGAACAAUGACGCAAAGAUAGAAGAUGUCAGGAGCCGCACUGAAGAACCACAACAACUUAGAGGUCAGAGUUCAGUGAUCUUGACAUCUAAGAUUCUUGAGAGCAAUUAUGCACAGACUCAGAAGAAAGAAGAGGCAACUCAAGUGUUUCCAAGGGUUGAAGAAGAGGUGAAACAGGUCAUUGGGCUGCUUCCAGAAGUCUCAACGCAAGAGGAGAUACCAGAAAAAGAGAUUAGCAAGAGAGAUGAGGAUGGAAUGAAGGUGGUUAUUGUCAAAUUGAACAAUGACGCAAAGAUGGAGGAUGUCAGGAGCCGCACUGAAGAACCACAACAACUUAAAGGUCAGAGCUCAGUGAACUUGACAUCUGAGAUUCCUCAAAGCAAUGAUGCACAGACUCAGGAAGUUCCAACUCAAGUAUUUCCAAGUGUGGAAGAAGAUUUGAAAGAGUUAAAAGAGGUCAUUGGAUUACGUCAGGACUUCCCAAAGACGGCGGAGAUUGCAGAAAAAGAGACAAUCAAAGGUGAUGUGGGCAGCAAAGAAGAAAAGAGGGAUGGAAUAAGUAGCCAAACUAAAGUGCAACAUCACUUAAAACUCCAGAGUUCAGAAACUUCUCAGUUUCUUGAAGGCAAGGAUGCAAAGAUACAGGAGAAAGCUGAAACAACUAAAGCUUUUCCAGAGGUGGCAGAAGAGGUGAAAGAGGUUCUGGAGGAGUUCUCAAAGCAGGGGGAGAUUGCAGAAAAAGAGAUGAUGAGCAGGAGAGACAAGGAAGGCAAGGAUGAAAAUAAAAAAGAAAUCAGUAACCCAACUGAAGUGCAACAAAAGUUCAGACUUCACAGUUCACAAACAUGGACAUCUACGAAGUUCAAAGGCAAUGAUGCAAAGACUCAGGAGGAAGCGGUGGCAACGACCACUUUUCCAGAGGUGGCAGAGGAGGUGAAAGAGGUCGUCGGGCUGCUUGAAGAGUUCUCAAAGCAGGGGGAAAUUGCAGAAAAGGAGAUGAGCAAGAGAGACGAAGUCAAGGAAGAAAAGAAAGAGGAAAUCCGCCAAACUGAAGUGCAACAACACUUAAGAGAAACUUGGACGUCAAAGAUUCCUAAAGGCGAUGAUGUGAAGCCUCAGGAGGAAGGAAAAGCAACUGCAGCAUUUCCUCAAGUCAAAGAAGAGGGGCGGGAGGAGAGAAAGGACGAGCUACUAGCCACACCGGUCGGGCAGGUGAAAACUCUGAUGGUAUGCGACUUUGCUCCACCCUCCAGCGAGCAGCACGGGUCGGGGGAGGGGUCGGAGGGAAACCGGACCGAGGAACUGGAAACAGAAGCCCACCACUGUGGAAAGCAGCAACUCCCAAGCCGGGAGGUACAAUAUGUGGCCUUCAAGGACGUAAGCAGCUCCGUGCAUAAUCACACUGCCUCAAGUAACUUGAGCACAAAGAGGGAGAGGAUCACACCCUUAUUUAAAGAGGCAAACGAGCAAGUUUCACGUCUUGCAGAGGCAAACAUGAGAGUAAAAGUGAGCACAGAAACCACAAGUGCACUCACAGAUACCUCGGGUGUAGUGGAGGUUGUCACAAGCAGCACAGAGCUGCAGUCAGACACCACGGGGAUUGAACACAAUAGGGCUCCGCAGAGUAAGAUCGAGUGGGCGGAUUCAAUUACUCAGAGAGUAGACACAAACAGGACAGUGCAAGAACAGGUGGCAGUUGAGCUGUCAGCCCUGAACCAAGACACACACCUUCCCGAUACCCCAGCUGCAGAGAGACGGGAGCAACCAGCAGAAACCAAACCUGACCUGAAUGAGGGGUCCCUGACAGCUUCCAGGGCUGCUUCAGAAAUCCUCACUUCAGAACAUCAGCCCAUUGAAGUCGACAAGGAUUCAGACAACAAAAUGACUUCAGGCUACAACAGCCUGAGCACCAAACUGUCCUUUAAGACCUCAUCGCCCCCUAAAGAGGAUGAGUCCAUGUAUCGCGUCCAUAAAGUGUCUCUGGUCAGCGAGUCUGACUCCACGGUCAACAGUGAGGCCACAGUGGACUCCUCUGUAGCUUAUUCAAUCAGAUCAGAUCAGGACUCAGACUACAAAUGGAGGAACAGGUUCGAGGGAGUUUCUCAGUAUAAACCAUCCGCAACAGAGGAAUUUUCUUAUUCUAAUUCUCCGAGUUACACAGACACCUACUCCAGCCCCACCUCAUUGUCCUCCUCCUCCUACACGCUCCCUGAGGCUACAGCAUACAAACAUGCAGGCAACGCCUUCUCCUCCUCCUCCUCCUCCUUCUCCCCCUCUUCUGAGGAACACAUCACCCUUGGCAACAGGCUGAGUGACAGGAGCAAAGUUUAUCUGAGCCGUGAGAGCGAGCCAGCUGGACAGCGGGAGGAGCCUGCUGCACCUGCAGGGGAGAGGGAGAGAGAGAGAGAGUCAGAGAGGUUCAGGUCGAGCUGGGAGUCACAUCAGAGUCCUGCGCCCGGCUCCUUCUCGCCUCAACAACCCAGCUACGACCGGCCGGACAGUUUCAGAGACGAGGACGGGGACUCGGCUUUUUUUACUGGAGUGUUCAAGGCCACGCUGGUGGAGCUGGUCUCCGACCCCGCAACUUCACCCUCCACUCCACCACCGACCUCCCCCGACGCAGACUCCCUCCACCAGUCCGACAUGGACAGCCUCGUGGACACGCUGAAGAGCAUGGGACCCUCCAUGAGGCCGAGGAGCGUCGGCCCGCGACCGCCGGCGCCGGUCCUCGUCUCCUCCCUGCCGCCAAUCGUGGAGGAUGCGUCCAGCCCGAUCAGCCUGGACGUCCGCGACUCCAGCAGCAGCAGCCUUUUGAAAAAGAUGGAAGAGGCUAACAAGCCGGCAGAGUCCCCGAACGGACUUUACACUCUGCCUGCCGAUCUGGGACUGAAGAGGAACUCAGGAAGAGACUUUCGUUCUCCACUGGAGCUGAUGAAGCAGAACCAGCAGGAGCAGCUUGUUAACACGCCACAGAGAGCGACGGCCAUCAACAGUAUUGUGAUGAGAAGAUCCUCUGACACUUCUCUCGAGGACUCACAGUCCCCACUGCUGAACGGCAACACGACCUCCCGCCUUGACAACAGUGUGAUCUUUGGGAGCUACAGGUCAGGAUCCACCGAUCAGAAGCAGGAGAACAGACAACCUCACCGCUCGCUCUUCCGCACCGGCUCGCUGCCUGACGUGGGGCUUUCAAACGACCAUAUGAACGCGGGGACAAAGGACUCAAGUGAUCCGAGCGCUGCAACAGACCAAACUGGGUCCCGCUUUGAACGCUUCUCCUUCCUUUUAAACAAUUCCUCCUCCACAUCGGGCUCCUUGACUCGAGCCGAAGAUCCCAACAUGCAUGUGAGUCGGCCUCAAUCCCUGAGUUUCACUUCCCCCCCCCCUAGCAACGGCCCCAACCGCAUCCUGAGCCCGACCGGCUCCAUAGACCUCCAACGGUCGCUGAGCACCCCAGACUUGCCCUUAUCCAUGUAUUCCCAGAACCAGGGAAUGGGGAUGGGAAUGGGAAUGGGGAUGGGGAUGGGUGGGGGUAGCAGUACAACUCCCCUCCUGCAGAGGAACUUCAGCAACGAGGGCACCACGGGGGUCCAGCAGACUACAUUGUUCAACAGCGCGUAUGGAGGGUCUCAGUUCCAGAACCAAGAACAGGACAAGAACUUAGCGUCCAAGUACAGAGCCUUCCCCGACGCCUACCUCACCAAAGAGAAGGAACACGGGAAGCUGAAUCCUCGUCCUGGGAAGAUGUACAUCUUCGACCAGCCGGGGAUGUGCGGCCAGAGGAUCGAGAUACGCAGUGAUGUCAUCGACGCUACGUCCUGGGACCUGCAGGAGACCAUCUCCAUCCGGGUCGUCAGAGGAGGAUGGGUGCUGUAUGAGAAGCCAAACUUUAAAGGGGAGAAGAUCGCUCUGGACGAGGGAGACAUCGAGCUAGCGUACCCCUUCGCCACCCCAGAGGAGGAGCAGCAGAACGGGCUGCAGGAGGGCGAAAAGCAGAACGGGGAGCAGGGGACCGGGGAAAAGAGUGACAAGCAGACAGAGAACGAGCCAGCAAGGAGGUUCAUCAUCGGAUCUCUUAGAAGAGCCGUCAGGGACUACAGCGUCCCAGAGAUCAGUCUGUUCCCAGAGGACAACGCAGAGGGGAAGAAGGUCACCUUCAGGGACACGUCUGAAGACGCCAGGAUCUUUGGCUUCCCCAUCAAGGCCACCUCCAUCAUCAUCAACGCUGGGCUAUGGCUUGUGUACGCGCACCCCUUCUUCCAGGGGGUACCCCGGGUCCUGGAGGUGGGAGGGUUUCCUAACCCUGCAGCCUGGGGGGUGGAGAAGCCCUAUGUGGGAUCACUACAUCCACUCAAAGUAGGUGAACCAAGAGUGGAGAAUCUGAGUGAACCAAAGAUCGUGGUCUACGAGAAGCCGUACUUCUCCGGUAAAUCGAGAACCAUAACGACCAGCAUCAGAGACUUCAUGACCAGAGCGGACAGGCAGCAGGUGGCCUUCAUGUACAACGCCGGCUCCAUGAAAGUGCAGGGGGGAAUCUGGGUGGGCUACGAGAAGGAGGGCUACAGAGGACACCAGUAUCUCCUGGAGGAGGGGGAGUACCAGGACUGGAGGGUGUGGGGAGGCUGCGAUGCUGAGCUGCGAUCCGUCCGGGUGAUACGAGCGGACCUGACGGAGCCUAUGAUGGUGAUGUUUGAACAGCAAGAACAAAAAGACCAGGAGGGCAUGCAGGAGGAUAACACCUUCGAGGUGACGGAGGCCAUCCCCGACGUCGAACUGUUCGAGUACAAAACCUCCACGCGCUCCAUCGAUGUGAUCAGCGGGGCAUGGGUGGCAUACUCUCACGUAGACUUUUCUGGACACCAGUUCAUCUUAGAGAAAGGCUUCUACAAUAACUGUGCGGACUGGGGCUCGCAGGACAAUCGAAUCUGCUCGGUGCAGCCCAUCCUGCUGGCUCCGAGUGACAGCACAAGAACCACGAAUGAGGUUAUACUAUACACUGAGCCAAACUUCAUGGGUGAGUGUCACGGCUUUGAUCGCAACCAGGAAGCACUGCCGGGGAAACUGUCGACCAAGUCCUGCCGAGUGUCGGGGGGAAGUUGGGCGUUCUACGAGGAUGAAAAAUUCUCUGGGAACUUAUAUGUUCUAUCUGAAGGAGACUACCCCAACUUAACCAGCAUGGGAUGUCCGCCCGGCACCAACAUCCACUCUGUCAAAGUUGUGCCGCUGACGUUCUCCGUUCCCUCCAUCUCUCUGUUCGGCCUGGAGUGUCUGGAGGGCAGAGAGAUCACCAUAGACAGGGAGAUCCUCUGCAUGAUCGAGGAGGGCUACAACAACCACAUCCUGUCUGUCAGAGUCAACAGCGGCUGUUGGGUGAUAUGUGAGCACAGCAACUACAGGGGGCGCCAGUUCCUACUGGAACCAAUCGAAAUCACCAACUGGCACAAGUUCAGCUCCCUGCAGACCAUUGGCUCGAUGUUCCCAGUCAGACAGAAGCGACACUAUUUCCGCAUCAAGAACAAAGAGAGAGGUCACUUCCUGUCCAUCCAGGGCGGCGUGGAGGAGAUGAAAUCAGGACGAGUGGUGGUGACACCAGAAGUGGAGGACAUGACGGACAUCUGGUUCUAUCAGGACGGCUUCAUCAAGAGCAAGAUGUCCCAGACCAUGAGCCUCCAGGUGAUGGGCAACGUCGAGCCUGGAUCCAAGGUGGUUUUGUGGACCGAGACCCGGCAGCCCAUCCAGACCUGGACAGCCAAGAUGAGAGGCCUCAUCAGCAGCAUGACUUUCUCCGGCAUGGUCAUGGAUGUCAAAGGAGGUAAAACGUACGACAAGGACCAUGUGGUGAUCAUGCCGGAGAGCGAGGAGAGGCCGAGCCAGGAGUGGGAGAUCGAGCUGCUGUAACCUGCUCUGAACAUCAACCUCUUUUUGUUUCUGUCCCCACGACGAAGCUUCCCUCAGCAGUUCAUCCACAUCACGUUAGCUUUUCAAAAUAAAACUCCCUCAAGGCUCUGGGACUAACACUUUCGCUGCCUUAUCAUGUACAUAAUUUCAGUGCCUUGAAAGUGUUUUUUACUUCUUUUUUUUUAAAUUCCAUUUUCUCAAAGUCUGAAAAAACAGGAAGCUGUCAUUGCCUUGACCUGGGUCAGUGACCGGCUUCACCACAAGAGGUUGAAAGCAAGAAUAAAAGUAUUAGUUAUUGAACUGCUGUAUAUAAACCUUUUAUUUUGUAUGUAGUAACUGGGGCUUUGUCUUUGACUCUGACCUUUAUCUGGAGUUAUCACUGUCACUAUUUGGGUAUUCAAACUAUAAUGACUCUCUUCGUUUGAUUCCCCCACUCAUGUAAAUUCUCCCGACUGUGGAAGCCCUUAAUCAUAAGUGCGUUUCUCACUUUAUUUUUAUACUGGAGCAUACCAAGUUAUCAUUUCCUGUGGACAUCGUGGAGCAGCAGUAAGCGGCUACAAUAUGCCUUUAAAUAAAAAUGUGUUAUUACAAAUGCUUCUGAAGCCACAUAAAAGGGAAGUGUGCAAGAGAAUAUAUAUUUGAAAGGUCUGCUUUGCACUGUACUGUAUGAACUAAUGUUAAGAGGGAAAUGUUGCAAUUAUAAAAAUGGGUUGUGUGUGUGUGUGCCCUUUUACUCUUUCUACUUCUUGAUGUAUUCUUGUUAUAAGUCAUGUUACACAGAAUUUAAUGUUGCCUGUUAAUAUUUGAUACAAAAGAAAUUAUUAUUAUGUAAAAUGUCAUGUAAUAGGGAGUGGUUUUAAAGUAUUAAAUAAAUAAAAACUUUAA